UGCGCGCGGUGAGCACGUUCGUUGAAAGUGAAUAACCGAGUCAGAUCAAUUCUGAACGGCGAACGGUAAACACGUUGUGUGUUGCACGAUCAUCGGCGUAGUCGAUAAACAGCUGUUUUAUUUCGUUCGAAAAACUGCACCCCAAGUGGAAUUGUAAUUUACACUUGUGCUACGCGUUUGUUUUGAGACCAACCAAAAUAAUAAUAUUAUGUGCAUUUUGUAUUUCACAUACAAGUACAGUGGAAAAUUGUUGUAUUUUACUGUUGCAUUCGAAACGAAGUAAUCUUGUUAAUUGAUAACAGCCGACGAACUGAAGUCGCCGAACAAGAUUCGGAUGAAUGAUUUCCGUUUAACCUGUUACUGGAAAUUAAACAACGAUUAAACGAAUAGAGCGAAGAAAAAAACACGCCAGAGACAUUAAUUAUUGCUUUAAAAGUGCCAUUCGUGAACGAACUGUUGAUUUUUUUUUAAUCUUAAUUUUCGCCUAAAAAAGAAGGUUUUCGCAGUUUCGUCACAAAAUUUAACGGUAUCGAAAUUGUGAACGCGCUGCAUCUUGUUUUUAUGUUCAGUGUAUCGUGUAACAAUAAAUCACUUUUAAAAUACAAAAAACGCGGCAAAUAUUUUCAACCAGACAAAAAGCAAAACACAAGCUAAAAGAUAGAAAGAGAAAGACACACAGAGUAAAAAGAUCGGAAAUAUUCAUCGUUAAUAAUUUUUCUUGGCUUGAUAUUUGUUUUUAUUAAUGUCAGUAGCAUGAAGUUAACAGUGAAACUUGUGUUGUUGGUCACCUUGUUCUGUUUCGGCGUGCAUGGAAUACCGACCGAACCAUCGAAAUUUGCUAGCAAAAAAAGCGAGCAUCUAGAGGAAGAUGAUUCUGAUAUGUUAAUGGAACCUGAUGAAUUUCGUGCAACCGCUUUGCUACCGCCACAUGCAACAGCCGGCUACUUUCAAUCCGGUGAAUUUCGUUCAAACGAAUUUCGAUCCGGAGAAUAUCGAUCAUUAGCACCGGAAUAUGUGCAUUUGGAACGACCAGUACCACAACGAAUUCGUUCAAUUGAAGAUACGCGAGCUCCACCGGCAGCACAAAAUAUUUUCCCACCAUCAUUUUUCCGUAACGUAAACGUACCGCCAUUGGGACAUUCUCGACCAUAUUUCCAGAGUCAAGAAACCAGCGGCCGAUUUGGUGGUGCCCGCAGCUAUGAUCAAUCGAUUCUUGGAUCCGGUGAUUUCGGGGUCAUAAAAGGCGGAACAUUCUACCAAGAAGGCGACGAUUUACCGCAUCGAUCAAGUUACGAAAGUGAUGAAUUUUUAAAUUAUUUUAACACAAAUAACGGCCAUGGUCGACCCCACUCAUCAUUCAUACCGAAAACCUUUUUCCCGGACGAACAGUUUUCGAAUUUCCGCGAUUUUGCGGACAUAAAUACACCAACCGAUCCAGCCUAUUCACAGUUCGUUGUUGUCUAUGCCAAUAAAAAUUCCACCGAUUCGCAUCCAAAUCCGAAAAAUAUCAUCGAACAAUUACAAUUGUUGGACAAAGAAACCAGCGACGAACAGCGUAAAGAGAAGAAAAAUAGUAUUAGUAAAUUUAAAAAGAAAUUAGCCAACACAAAAUUAGAGAAGAAGUAUAAAAAGACGAAAAUUGGUGCAAAAGAUAAUAUUGCCGAUUUUGAGCCACUCUUGGCGCUUAGUUAAGCAGUAAAAAAAAGCAGCUGAAGUCGAUGGAGGAAGUUUCGAAUCGAAAUUCCAUUCGAUUUGGUAGUCUUUAAGGUCAAUUUUAAUCGUAUUGAUUUCAUACGUAAACAAAAUAAUAUUUCCUAAUUCCUUCAGUCUAUUACCCAACGAUCGACAAAAAAAAUUCAAAAAAACGAAAUUUCAAUGGAAAUUCACAUUUGACAGAAUCAAAAUGAUUCUGUGAUUUCGUUUUGGUCAAAAUAUGUGUAGAAUUUUUUUGGGAAAUAAAAGUUACCAUUUCAUUCGUUUAGAAAUAUUAAUGUACACCGAUCACAAAUCUCGCUCGCGUCGGAAUAUUUAAUUAAUGAAAAAAAAAAUCAAGGAAAAACAAUAAAUAUAAAAAUAGUGAAUGACAUUUUAGUUUAUAAUAUUUAGAACAUAAACUUCCUUGCAUAAGUCAUAUCGUACCAUCCUUUUCAAGCUCAUUCAAAACAUCAUAUUUAAAAAUUGAAAAUGUAAAAACGAAACAUCAUUUUUGAACAAUAAAAAGAAAUUUAAUGUCAA